UUUGGACUCGAUGUGUGUAUUUGUAUUGAAUGUGACUGUGAAAAUGAUGCGUGUGCAAUGAUUGCUGUUCAAUUAUUUAGUGAAAUUAUAGUGAAUUAACACGUUGCGUUUGUUAAAAUGAAAUUUGCCGAACACUUGAGCGCGCAUAUAACACCGGAAUGGCGAAAACAGUACAUAAACUACGAGGAAAUGAAGGCAAUGCUGUAUGCGGCCGUGGAGCAAGCGCCCUCCGCUGAGCUUGUCGAUCCCGAAGUGCUGUCUCGUUACUUUGCCAAAUUCGACGAGCAAUUCUUCCAUUACUGCGACAAAGAGUUAGCCAAAAUCAACACAUUCUACUCCGAAAAGAUGGCUGAGGCCACGCGCAAAUACGGCAAUCUUCGCAGUGAACUUAGCGAAACGCUAGAGAUGGGCGCGGUUAAGAAACAACCUGCUUGGAAGUCGAAAACACCACUGGGCAAGAAGAAUGUACCGGCGCGCAAAAUACAGGAUCUCAAAUUAGCAUUUAGUGAAUUUUAUUUGGGUCUCAUUUUGUUACAAAAUUACCAGAAUUUGAAUUUCACCGGUUUUCGUAAGAUACUCAAGAAACACGAUAAGCUCUUGAGUGUUUGCGAUGGUGUCAAGUGGCGUGAGGAGUAUGUGGAGGCGGCACAUUUCUAUGUCAAUAAAGACAUCGAUCGACUGAUACAGGAAACCGAACGCGCUUUCACCAACGACAUUGAAGGCGGCGAUCGUCAGAAGGCAAUGAAACGUUUGCGUGUGCCACCCUUGGGUGAACAACAAAGUCCGUGGACCACUUUCAAAGUUGGUCUCUUCUCUGGUGCAUUUGUCGUGCUCUUCCUUACAGUCAUCUUGUCGGCUAUAUUUCAUGGUUUUGGCGAUGAUUGGCGUGUGGGUCUGCGCAUGUUUCGCGGCCCAUUUCUCAUUAUUGAGUUUCUUUUCCUGUGGGGCGUCAAUGUGUAUGGUUGGCGUUCGUCGGGCGUUAAUCAUGUGCUCAUCUUCGAACUGGAUCCACGUAAUCAUCUGUCCGAGCAGAAUAUCAUGGAAGUCGCGUCUGUAUUUGGCGUAAUUUGGGCAAUUUGUGUGCUCUGCUAUAUUUAUUGUGACCCUCUCGGCAUACCACAAUAUUCGGCGCCCAUCUUUCUUUACACCUUGAUGAUUGCAUUUCUACUCAAUCCAACGAAGACAUUUCAUCACGAGGCGCGUUACUGGGCUGUGCGUGUGGUUAGUCGCGUUGUAAUGGCACCAUUUUUCUUUGUGACCUUUGCCGACUUUUGGCUCGCGGACCAGUUGAACAGCAUUGUGCCGGCCUUCCUCGAUAUACCCUUCAUUAUUUGCUUCUUCGGUGAGAAUCCCAGUUGGCACAAAACGAGUUAUGGUGGCAGCUCUUGCGUACAGGACAUCUCUAUGGUGCGUCCCAUUGUAGCUAUUUUACCGGCUUAUUGGCGUUUCGGUCAGUGCAUUCGUCGCUAUCGUGACACACGUGAAGCUUUUCCGCAUCUGGUUAAUGCUGCUAAGUACGCGACGUCCUUUUUUGUGGUGAUAUUCUCGUACAAGUUUCAGACAACCUCAGACGGCUACAUCAAUUCGAAGGAUAAUCCUUGGUUUUACUGCUGGAUAGUGGCGGCCAUUGUGUCCUCAUGUUAUGCUUACACGUGGGACAUUAAAAUGGAUUGGGGCCUAUUUGAUGCCAAGGCUGGUGAUAAUCGCUUUUUGCGUGAAGAAAUUGUCUACUCGUCGACGUGGUUCUACUACUUUGGCAUUGUGGAAGAUUUAGUGCUGCGUUUCGGUUGGACCGUAUCGAUGAGCUUAAUUGAAGCUGGCUAUAUGGAGGGCGACGUAAUGGUGACCAUACUCAGCCCGUUGGAGGUGUUUCGCCGUUUUAUUUGGAACUAUUUUCGCUUGGAAAACGAACACUUGAAUAAUUGCGGUAAAUUUCGUGCAGUACGUGAUAUUUCCGUGGCGCCCAUGGAUUGUUCGGAUCAGACGACAAUUUUACGCAUGAUGGACGAGGAGGACGGCGUAGUCAACCGACGUGGCAAGACUAAAGGCCUAUCAAAGAAGAAGGAGCAACAACGCUUGUUGCUUUUACAAGGCGAAUCUGUUGAAGAUUUAUGCUCUUAAAUGGCCAAAGGCUUUGCAUUUUGUUUUAAAUUUAAUUUAUGUAGUUGCCAUAUCAUUGCAGGAGCACAAAUAAUUUAUUAAAGUGUGUAAUAAGUGUAUAAAAUAGCAUGAAAUGUAGCGAAAUUGUAAUAUAAUACUAAAUGUCAUUAAUUUCAAUUAAUGUUGUAACUAAAUGUUUGCAUACAUAUAUGUAUGUGUGAGUAUGUCAGUCGUGCGCAGUGUAAUCUGACGGAAGCGGCAGAAAAACAGAAUUUUUCUGCAUCAGCCAAGAGUCAAAUAUACAAACAUACUUAUACAUACUUAUAUACAUAUUAUUAAUGUAUUUAUAUAAAGUUCAUGUACUUAUGUAAAUUUCUUCAGUAAUUUCUUAUAUGCCAAAACAUUAAAGUAGUAGUUGAAAGCCGAAUAUUGUUUAUUUAACGGUGAAAAAAAUAAGUCGAGCAGGAAAUACAAAUCCUCAUAAGUGCUCCGGCUGCGCUUUUCAUUUAAUUUAAUAAGUGAAGUCAUAGAAAUGAACACAAUGGAAAUUAUAAUACUCAUCAGUCCUAAAUUAUAGGAAAUUUUUCAGUCGGCAUACGAGGGCUGCUAUAUAUAUUUCUGGCCUAAUAAUGAAAAUAGGAAUAUUUAUCAACGAAAAUGGUUUUAUUGUUUUUCAAAAUAUUCUCCAUCAAGAUUUAUACACUUUUGCAUGCGCUCAAACCAAUUUUCGAAGCACUUUUUUUGAGCCUUUUUUUGAGCGAUUGUCAAAUUGUGCGGUAUCCAACGAGAACAAACCUCUUUUACGGCCAGUUAUUCAUGCAAUAUCGAAUGUAUGCUGGUGGGAGAAAUUGAUAGGCAUUCCUCUAUCUGAAGGUAUGUUACAUGACGGUCUUGCAUUGUCAGCUCACGUACGGCAUCGAUGUUUUCUGGCACAACGGCUGUUUUUGGACGACCUUCACGGAAUUCGUCUUUGAGCGAGCGUCGGCCACGAUUGAAUUCGUUGUACCAGUUUUUCACAGUGCUAUAGGAUGGUGCUUCAUAGCCAUACAAAGAUUUUAGUUCAUCGAUGCACUGUUGUCGCGAAAAUCCACGUCGAAAGUUGUGAAAAAUGAUCGCACGAAAAUGUUCACGAGUUAAUUCCAUUUUUUGGCCGAGAUAAAUUUUUUAAUUCCCUGUAAAUAAAACAAUUCACGAUUAAAUGACAAAACGUUCUGAGUGAUGUUAUGCUAAAAAAUGUCAAACUUUCCAAUGGAAAUGUCAGAUUGCACCUGGCAACACUUAGUGUUGCGUAGGCCAGAAAUAUAUAUAGCAGCCCUCGUACAAAUAAACAUAUGUACUUAUAUAUGCCCGUAACUGUCGAAAGCCGUUUCUACAUAGACGCUUGUAUCGAGAAGCGCGCACAAAUUUAUUUAACUUUAUAUUGUAAGUAUUUGUUUUUUCUCUCUAACUCGCAUUUGUUUGUACUCGCAAAAGGUAUUUUAUUUUCCUACUGCAGAAAUACACAGCAGUACAUAGAUUUUUAUUUUUGUUGUUGUUAUUUUUUAUAUUGUUUGUCUACACCAAUUUAAUGUAAUAUAACUUUUCAUGUUAAAUAAAUGUUUGGAGAAAUGUUGUUCAGAAAGUUGGAGACUCUUCAUUUAGCUUCAAUCAGCGGCGGUAAAAGGUAGGCAAACAACAAUUAUAUUUUAUGUACAGACAUACAUAUUUAUGUUUGCAUUGGUUACCACAAAAAA